GGCAUUCAAGUUUUGAUAGCCGCCGAGGUUUCACACUCGAAAGGAAACGAAGGGCUGGCUAUAGUUUGCUAAUAGAACCAAAGGUCUAUGUAUCCGGAGCAUUCGGCCUAAAGCCAACAGACACCUUUGUGUUAAUUACUUACAUCAUAGCUCAUUAAAAGUUUCCCAGUCGCAUUCACCUAAAUAGUUUGUGUGUCAUCCAGACUAUACAUACUGAUUCACCGACAUCCAACCAAAACUUAUAAGGAAUUAUUUUGUGCUCCUUUCCAGUAGUUAACCAAUAACAAGCCAAAAUCCUUUUACUACCUGAAAUUACCCAUGACCUGAAACCUCCCAUGUUUGGUUGAUGCUGAUGUAUAACAUCAAGGAUCAGCGCAGACAGGGUCGUGACACUCGGAGCAUAGGUCGUCAAGAUCCACUUCCAAAUCCAGUUACAGGAUGCAACCUCAUGCACGUUCAGUGUAUAAUAGAAGCAUUGCGCAUGUUGGUGUCUUCGAUACAACUCUAGAUCAGUUAGAUUUUUUCAACUCUGGAGAAGCGACAAAUUUUGUUGAUUUGGGGUUGUAAUUCCUGUAUCUCGAUGUCUCGCUCGUGGAUGCUUCGAUGCCUUUAUGUGUCUGAGUAGAUUAUUGGCAUACCCACACAUGACACCUGUGGAAUAAGAGUCUACACGCUUCUAAACCACUAAUGAUUGGCAUCAAACAAACCAACAAACCACGGAAUAAUUAUCUUCAUGCUGGACACGUGAAUUAUCUGAAAGUUCACAUUGACCGUCGGCUCGUAUAUCAAAGCUUUAAUAAUUGAUUAUUCACUGCGGUGCCAUGACGAUCCAUCAUUCUCAACCAAAAUAUCGAGGAAUAAUUUUCGUAUCGAGUGUUGGAUUUACUGCCAGAUAACUUGGAACUCAUCGACGGAGGUUUUAGUUUGGGGCACUGAGCAUGGCGACGUCGAUGUUUGGAAGUGGUAGGAUGUCUACCACGUCAAGGUCAAGGCAUGGUCUGAAAAUCGGACUGGUCAUCAUCCUGGUGGUCGGUUUCGCACCCAUACUCAUCUCACUGAAUUCAAGUUCGACAUCGUCGUCGUCUUCAUCGUCACUUGCGAUUGGAGAGCAUGGACAGGGACCGAUGAAUGGCUGGGUGGUGAGGGACGGUGAUGAUAAGACGAGAGAAGGGGCGAUGGAGGCACCCAUUGCUGACCAGAUAGGAGGAAGUAUCAUCAAAAUGGGGAAAAGCAAGGACAUUCAGGGUAAUAAUCGUCGCCUCAAUACUAACCAACAAACACGUCACCGAACUUCUGACCAAUCAGGGCCCAUCCAAAGAUCACGUAACAUUAAUCCUCCGGUACUCAAGGAGACUGCGGGGAACUUUGAGCCCCCUCGCCAGCCCUAUCGAACCGGACCAGGAGAGUAUGGAUUGGGGGUGCUUCUUGAUCAUAACGAAAAGCAUCUUUAUGAUAAGGCUUUCGAAGAAUAUGGAUUCAAUAUGGUGGUCAGUGAUCGGGUAUCAUUGGAUCGAGUCGUACCAGAUCUCAGAGAUAAAGAAUGUAAGCACUGGCAUUAUCCGACAAACUUGCCCAAUACAAGUGUGGUAAUUGUCUUUCAUAACGAAGGCUGGUCAACUUUGGUUAGAACCAUUCAUAGCAUCUUUAAUACUACCCCUGAUGAACUGUUGGCAGAGGUACUCCUGGUUGAUGAUUACAGCGAAAAAGUCCACCUCAAAGGGAAAUUAGAGGAAUAUAUUCGCGACCCGAGCUUCUCUGGAAAGGUCCGGAUUGUCCGGAACAAGAAACGAGAAGGUCUGAUCAGGUCCCGGACUAUUGGGGCUAGGAGAGCGAUGGGACAGGUCCUGACAUUCCUUGAUGCCCAUUGUGAAUGUGGACCAAACUGGCUCCCUCCCUUGUUGACAGAAAUUGCAUUAGAUAGAUCCACGAUAGUGUGUCCUACCGUCGACGCAAUCAGCGCUGAUACAUUCGCCUACACAUCACAGGGUGAUGGGCUCUGUAGAGGUGCCUUUGAUUGGGAUUUCUGGUAUAAAAGAAUCCCUGUUAGACCUUACUGGAACAGGCUCGGAUUGAAACACAGAAGCCAACCUUACCCCUCUCCCGUCAUGGCAGGGGGACUGCUAGCUCUUGAUAGAUCUUAUUUCUUUGAACUUGGAGGAUACGAUCCAGGAUUACAAAUCUGGGGAGGAGAAAAUUUCGAAAUUUCAUUUAAAGUAUGGAUGUGCGGUGGUUCUUUGAAGUUUGUACCCUGUUCUAGAGUAGGUCAUGUUUAUCGGAAGCAAGUUCCUUAUAGCUAUCCACCAUCGGGUGUAGAGGGUGUAUCAGUAGUAGAUUUGAAUUACAUGCGUGUAGUUGAAGUUUGGCUUGAUGAAUACAAAGAGUCUUUCUAUGCCACCAAACCAUUACUUGAAGGCAAACCUUGUGGUAACAUCACCAAACAAGUUGACUUCAGAAGACAGAACUGUCCCAAGACCUUCAAAUGGUUCAUGGAAGAGAUUGCUUUUGACACCUUACAAGAAUAUCCACCACCGGCUAAGAAUAAAGUUUGGGGAGAGAUACGAUCUGUUGACUCUGAGCUUUGCUUGGAUACCAAUGGGGAGCAGAAUGACCCCGCCCAUGCUACGAUGGGUAUGGAAGGUUGCCAUGGAAUGGGUGGUAACCAGCUCUUCCGAAUUAACACCAAGGGACAGUUAGUGGCCGAGGAUGGAUUCUGUUUGUAUGCAAGACCGGCCAGAGAGAAGCUUGUCUUCACAAAAUGUACUGCAGAGAAAUCUUUCACAUCAGAAGUCACAAUGUGGGAUUACGAUUCGGAUCGACAAAUCAUACAUUUAGAGAGACGGAGAAGAUGUUUGGAUCACAAUCAAGAAACAAACGAAGUCUUUGUUUCACCUUGUCAACAUGGUCAAACAUCACAACAAUUCAAAUUUUACAGAGAGGAAAUUCGAUGAUUGCAGCUGUUAUGAUUUUUUUAUUUUCAUUUACAUAAACUUUUUUAUAUCAUUAUAUUGUAUUGUGUUAAAACAAUCAGAGAAAUCCAUUAUAUUUUGCUUUUGUCCGUUGAGAAGACGAAAAGGUUAUGAAUUUUCAUGAAAAAUCAAAAGAAUAUGGUGUUGUUUCUCCGUCACUCCGAUCUCAUUUCCAAUAUAUCAUACUAAACAUUUGUCUCCAAAGUUUGAUAGAUUAGGCCUACAUUGGAUUAUGAUUGAAAAUUUUCAAAUCUUAGGAAAGUGUAGUUACGGUUAUGGUAUCAUUUUUUGUUGUGAAAAAUUAUAGCUAAUUUUGUGGCCUUUAUACGUUUUAGAAUGUUAUUUCAAAAUGUAAUUAUCAUGUUGCUGUAAUUGUAAAUAGAAUGUAAGUAAACAAAACGUAUUUAUAUAUUUCUUUGAAUUUGUAUAUUCUUUACUGUUAGAUUAACGUUUGUCAUAAUUUUGAAUGAACAUGUUACCUAUAGAAUGAAAAGGAUUACAAAAAUCUUGCCAAUGUACAGAAAAUGUAUGAAAAAUGGGUUUCAGUAACAUUCCUUAUUUUCAUGUAAAAGUUAAUGUUUUCUAUUUUAAUGAUACUGUCAUUUAAUUGGUUGCUUGAAUACUGAAGCAGCAUUUUUGACAGAACCAUGAGGGAAAGUUUUAAUCGGUAUUCUUCAAAAUCUUGUCGUGCACUAAAAUUUGAAAGAUAUGUGGUUUGACAAGUUAAGACAUCUAUCUGACUUGUAACAAUAUUGUACAUGUAUAUAUCUAACAAUACCAAUUUAACUCUCACAUGAUACAUACACAAACAAGAUAUUUGAAUUUAAAUUGGGAGUAUAGACAGAAAAAAACUUAUGUAGAUUGAAGGCAGUUAUUCCUUUGACUAGUUAAACAACUGACAAAAUGGUGGUCAACCCUUUUGGCUUCCCGGUUGUGACGAGGCCCCUGCUUUGCAAGCAAAUUAAUUUGGAUCUCACAAGUGGUGAAGUGAAACCAAUUUGUCUAUGAUUAGUGAAUAUGUAUGAUUUCUCUUAUAUGUACAACAAUAAGUUACCUCAAUAUUCUUCCUUUUGUAAUUGCAAAUUCUAUAGAAGUUUACCUGGGGCAGUUAGUGUACACCUCAUCUCCAAGUGAGUGGGCCAGCCUGUAUCAAUUCAUUAUACAAUUCUCUACAUGCUCUGUUACAAUAUAUUGGGUAUCAUCUGAUCUGUAUUAUAUGUAGCAGCAGGUCACUUUUCACCGUCUUUUAAUUGAAAACCUCUUAUCAAAAUUUGUGUAUCUUUAAAGAUUUCAUAAAACUAUACUUUCAUCAAUGGCGUAUUAAUGCAUAUCAUGAAAUAAAAUCAUUGCUGCUUUUGUAUCAAAAACAUUUUGCUUACUUUGGUUAAUUAUUAACUACUGUAAUUCUCACUCAUGCCCCCCUUCUCUUCAUGUCUCAUGCUAUAUUUCCCUCUCUCCAACCCCCUCCCUCAGUCUCUCACAUAUCCUUUAAUUAUGUUACCGUCUCUCACUCUCUCUGUCAUUUAUUUUCUACUUACAUAUUUUCAGAUUUAUACAAUAUGAACAUGCAUUAAUAUAAUCAAUAUAACUUAAAUCUUUGAAGAAAGAAUGAAGUAAAAAAGUAACAUUCACUCCAUGCGAUUGCCAACAUUUAAUGAAAUAGAUUCCCAAAUUCAUUCAUUUUUUACAUUUUGCAUUAAUUUCUUUCCCAUAAACAAUUUGUACAACCGCCAUGAAAAGAUGGCAAAAUUAAAAUCAUUAGUGACCUUUUGUUUUCAAAACAAAAGUUGAUAUAAAAUAAUAUAGCUUAAUAUAUUAACACUGUCAAUUAAGCAUUUACCAUUUAUCUCCAAGUACAUGUACGUAAAUAUAAAAGAAAAAAACCCAUGGAAAAUGAUGUUCUGGACAUUUUAAAACUUAAAACACUACUCAAGUCCAUCCUAUAAUAUUUAUUCAAAUGUUAAUGUCCAUCUUUUCUCUGUCUGUCUGUAACUUCACUGGAGAUGGAAUUCAUAAUUCAUUAUCACAAAUUUAAGAAUUAACACUCUUGUUUUUACAGCAUUUACGGUCUCGAAGGCCUAUUCAACCAGCCCCAUUCCUUGUCUUUUUCUUGAUCAAAUUCACAAAAACAUGAAAAGUAUAUCAAUGAACAUUAAGGGAGAAACUACCGAAAUAUCGAAUAUCAGAGAAUAAAAUCAAGGCACGAUUCAAUCAUAUUAUUUUGCCAAAGGUGCUCUAAUUAUGCCUUACAAUCAAGCAUGCUGAACUCUCAUAACAUUGAUGUCUAGUAAACUUAUGACACAAUUUCGGCAAAACUGGCUAACAAUGCUUAUGAAUAAAAGCCUUUAAACUUGUAUGUUGUCCUAUCAUUAACUUCAUAUAUCUCUAUAAAAUUGGUUGCAAUAAAUAUUCUCAUGAAAUAUAACAUUAUCAUACCAGCAAAAUACAUUGCACAUGAUUUUCCUAGUAAGCCCAAGUCAUGUUCAUAUAUUAUAGAAUAAGCAAAACCGAUAGAAAAUGCAUGUACUACAAAAUACAACUGGUACAAGGUCCUGUGAUUUAUUACACUUUCUUAAGUGUGUGUACAUAUAUCCUUUUUUUUCAAAGUAAAACUUCAUUUUGUUCUAUAUUUUUUUCUUAAAUUUGUUUUGCAAAUGAAUCCUUCUUUACAUCCUAUGUGAACAAGGCCAAGCUGGAUAAAGUUACACUGUAAAAGCAGUUUUCAAAUGCUGAAUUGUACUAAGUCAGUGCAGAAGAUUGAAUCUGCUUUGUGUGAGAUGGGCUUAUUGAAACUCAGAGACUAGAUAGACAAGAUGGACAAAUCCAUGUUGAAAAUACAAAAUCUCCAAAGUCUUUUCUAAUGAAUUAUAAGUUAAUAUGCAUGUGCAUUAAAGUGAAUCAUAAUACACAGUUUUACCGGUUCAUUCAUUAGUUCUCUCAGUUUUUUAAAAUAAAAAAUCAAAUAAAUACAGAUAAAUUUGCAUCAAAUCAACCUUCCCCACAUCAAAUAAUGUCUUACUUCAAAGCAAUGUUGGUUUAUAUCAUACGACAAUGUAAAUAUUAUUUACUCUUUAAUGUUGAAAGUGGAAUGGAUUCACAUGGUCCAGAGAUAUUCCACUAAGAAUUACCGGUACAUUACUCUCAUGGAAAAGAGUAGGUUGCUUUCUUUUUAUUUUAAUGUUUUCUUUUUCCUAUUAUAGUGAGGAAAAUACAUAGAAUUAUUGUAAAGAAAAGCAGACCAAAAUAAAGUAGAGUCUUAAUAAGUGCGGACUAGAAAAUAUUGAAGGUAAUAAAACCUCAUGAGAGAAAUAUAAACACAAUAGCAUUUCCCCAAGUUAUUACCCAGGUUUUACAUUAUGUUAUGGAAACACAAUACCCGACACACACAAAAAGAUGUGUCUAGCACAGCUUCACUCCAAGACCAAUCCUCAGUUUUCACCCAGUGCUCACAAGACUUUGUACAACACACAUGUACAAAGUCUUGUGAGCACUGGGCGAAAACUGAGGAAGUAGUUUCCUCAGCAAGAUUUCCAACCAUACACUAAAUCCCACAAUACCUCCUUCAAGAUUUACAUGAGGGAGUAUAAAUAUGAAAUUGUUUUGUGCUUUUUAUAAUUUAAAAUACUACUCUUUGAAAUUGGAGAAUUCUUAUAAAUGCAAAACAUGGGAAAAUUUCAUUGAAGUGAAAUCUUAAAUGCAUGUAAAAUGUAACAGAUACAAAACAGUACAAAAUAAUUAUAUUCUAUUGAAAGCGACACUUAGAUCAUAUUUGGCACAUUAAACAUGUUUAAAUCUAUUGUCCAUCACAAGAGCUUUUAUUUGUUGGGUCUAAAUCGGUCUCAGACAAGUCAAAGACAAAGUUAGAAACACUUGUGUCCGAGACACAAGACACAAUCACCAUCUCAAGGCGCGUCUCUACACAGUCUAAAGUAAAAUAGUGAGAUCAACUCCUCAAAGAAAACUGACAGAAUGGUCAU